CGUCAGUUUCUUUUUGCGUUCUUUUGAAAAAAGAAUUACUUGAUAAAAAAUUUAAUAAAUUAAACUUGUUUGUAUAUACAAUUUUAUACAAUAAGAUGGGAAAACGAAAGGCCAGUGAUAAUGUAGGAAGUCCGAAUCAAGAUUUAUGUGAUUUUCUUAUGGAGUUAGCAAAUUAUGAGCGGAAUGUUAGCAAAAAUAUUUAUAAGUAUAAUGCCUAUCGUAAAGCAGCAAGUACCUUAAGUACAUUAUCAGAGAGAGUAAAAAGCGGCCAGGAAGCAAGAAAAUUACCAGGAAUUGGAGAAAAAAUUGCUAAAAAAAUUGACGAGUUUCUUAAUACUGGAAAGUUACAAAAGUUGGAAGAUAUUAAUAAGGAUGAAAGCAAUGUUGCAAUUAAUUUAUUGACUCGUGUGUCUGGCAUUGGACCUACAAAAGCCAAAGAAUUAGUAGAUAGUGGUAUUAAGACUUUAGAUGAUUUGAAGAAGCAUCAAGAAAAAUUAAAUCAUCACCAAAAAAUUGGGCUUAAAUAUUUUGAAGAUUUUGAAAAAAGAAUUCCUAGAAAGGAGAUUGAGCAGAUUGAAAAAAUUAUAAAAGAUUCUAUUGUAAAGUUAAACAAAGAAUAUAUUAUAACUAUUUGUGGAAGUUACAGGCGUGGAAAAGAGGAAAGUGGGGAUAUUGAUGUUUUGUUAACACACCCUACGUAUACAUCCAAAGAGAAGGAAUCAAAGAAAAAGACUCCACUUAAAGAUGUUGUGGAAUGUCUUGAAAAAAGAAAAUUAAUUGUAAAUACAAUAUCUCUUGGGCAAACAAAAUUCAUGGGUGUCUGUCAAAUUCCCAGUAAUGAUAAAAAACCAUUUAGGAGACUUGAUAUCAGACUUGCACCUUAUGAUCAAUACUAUUGCGCUGUACUUUAUUUUACCGGAAACGAUCUUUUUAAUAAGAGUAUGAGAGCGCAUGCUUUGGAGAAAAACUAUACUUUAAAUGAAUAUACACUAAAACGUCUAACACCUGAAGGAACUCCAGGGGAGGCAGAAAAAAUCUCAUGUGAAGAAGACAUUUUUCGAAUUCUCAAAUUACCAUAUAAAGAACCAAAAGAUCGAAAUUCAUAGGUAAUGAUAUUUAUUCUAUACGAAGAAUUAUAAUAUAUUAGUUAUUUAUAUAAUAUUCUGAUUAUUUAUCAAUAACAAUUAUUAAAAUUUAAUUGUUAAAAUAAUGAAACAAGGAUUUGUUCACUAUCUUUAUUUAUAAAAAUUUAAUAUAACUUUAAUAAACUUAAAAUAAUUAUUUAAAAGUAGAAUAAUUACCUUUCUCCCUAAUAUUUAUUAAUCAAUGUUAACAAUGUUCUCAAAUGUAAAUGUGUCAUUAAUUCUUUUCUUGCAUUAUUAUAUUUCUUUGCCUAUAAUACAGUUAUCUAACAUUUCUUUUUUGUUCUAUAAAAA